AUGAGUCGACAAUUGUAUGAAAGUGAACCUGUUUUUACUCGAUGGAUUCAAUUGAUAGAUGCUGAACUGGCAAAGAUCAACAAUGGUGAAUGGUGUCUGUUGGAAAAAUUAGUUGGCAAAAGAAGUGAACACGAAUCUCGUAUUAAUGAUACAAAUAUUGCUCAAUCCGCUUUAUUCGCUAUUCAAGUCGCACUCGCUGCUUUACUUGUCUCAUGGAAUAUUUAUCCUUCAACAAUCGUCUCACAUAGUGCUGGAGAUCAGGCAGCUGCUUUUGUUGCCGGUCGUCUCACUUUGCAAGAAGCUGUUCGUAUUGUUUAUCAUCGAUCACGUCUUUAA